AUGCCAGCAGGCAACGAUGGGAAGGCUCACAAGAUGAUGUUUGCCAAUGUCGCAGACUCGGACUUGAGUAUCCAGGAUGAAGACCCGUGUGGAUCGAUUUAUGACGUCUUCAAUCUCCAGUCGUAUCUUGAUGAUGAGGUCCCUUGCAAAACGGCUUUCAAUGUCUUCGACUCGUUCGCAUGGUUCGACGAAGAGAACUCCCGUGAAACUUCCCCUGACACUUCAGAUGUGGACUCGCGCUUCGACGAUAUUGAGACCAUGGACCCACCCCAGACAGGCGAUCCAACGACACCCAAGGCACCUCAACCGCUGGAUUUCUUACACACCGCGCCAGAGCACAAUGAUCGAGAGCUAAGGCCUAGCGACCCCGAAUGUGUCUCGAAAUCUGACAUUUUCGCAGCAUGCCAGACCUCGGAACAUGCAGCAAUCGACCUUGUUUGCCGAGAUGAAGUCGAGGAGCCUCAGUCAACGGAGGCAAUCGGAUACUACUGCGAGUUUGACCUGAUCGAUUCACAGCCUGUACAAAUCUCCAAAUUAGAAGGUGUGACCGAGACCAAAGAGCGCAGCAGCAGUGCCAAGUCCCCUGUUGAGCCCAGCGAAGGCAGAUGUGAAGACACCAGUCCGGAGGCGACUCAGACGAGGUUUCAGGAAUCAAGUGGCAUUCCCUGGUACAAGGAUCCGCCCAAGAAGGAUCCAGAUAAGGUUGUAGGAUACAAAUCCAAUCCCAAUCGUGAAGUGCCUGAGCCGCUUCCUAUCACCCCCGAGUUCGAAGACGGUUAUGGAGAUCUGCCCACAAAGGAUCCUGAUAAGAGUGCCAACACGAUCAAGUAUUCGGGCGAUGGCCUAACCCGCAGAUACGAGUCUAAGGUGACUCCAGAGGCUGAAAGCACCUACAUCAUUUGUGAUGAUGAGAUUGCCCUGUUCGAAGUCAAACGCGAGUCUGAACCCAGCAGGAAGUCGGAAAUAACACGGGCCCUAGACUCAGCGCAAGAGGACAAUGAGCAUAAAGAUAAAGAGCUAAGGCCUCCCGGCCUCAAUGAAGAGCUCAAUCAUUAUUGUUCUAUGUUGUGUACUGAGUUCCGCUGUGAGGUUUCCAUGCUCAAGACGGUAGAGGGCAUCUACGUCGUCCAGGAUGACCUUGUGGUUCUCUUUGAAGCUGCGCAAGACGCAGAGUGUGAGGUCCAGUUCAGAGGCGAGCCUAGCCUAGCACGUCACGAAAACCGGUAUGGCUCUAGAGCACUCAGGAGUGCUCUGGAGAUUGGUUGCAUACUCCCAAGCUCUCAAAAGCUCCCACAGCUCCUGAGUGAUCCCAAGUAA